AUGUCGAUCAAGCCACGUUUGACAUUCGUAACGGGUAACAAGAACAAGCUAGAAGAGGUCAAACAGAUUUUGGAAUCGGGAGGCGAACUCCCCUUCGAGUUGAGCAGUCGAAAUAUCGAACUACCAGAGCUACAGGGUGAACCGUACGACAUUGCCAUCGAAAAGUGCCGCAUCGCAGCUUCUAAAAUCAAAGGACCUUGUUUAACCGAAGACACGUCACUCUGCUUCAAUGCGCUGAAUGGAAUGCCUGGACCUUACAUUAAAUGGUUCCUCGAAAAGUGUGGCCACGAUGGGCUAAAUGCAAUGUUGACAGGGUUUGACGACAAAUCUGCCUAUGCUGAAACCAUCGUCGCUUUUACAAAAGGACCCGAUGAGGAUGUACAUGUCUUUGACGGCCGCACCGAUGGUCGUAUUGUACCACCUCGCGGCCUCCUAGAUUUUGGGUGGGAUCCAAUAUUCGAAGCCGACGAAAGCGACGGAAAGACGUAUGCGGAGAUGGAUAAACCCACCAAAAAUGCGAUUAGCCAUCGCGGACGAUCGCUUGCUAAACUUCGCAGCUUUCUCCUUGAAAAUCGUUCAACUUUGUCGAAGAAUUUGUGAGAUUGAGCUCUAUAUUAUAAUUGAUAGCUAAAUUUAAGCUAUCAAAUUUAGGAUUUUCUACUGCUUUUGCUGAUA